UGCGGUCGCAGUCUGCACUGCCUCCUGCAAGAGCACCAUCAGCAGUACCCCUCACUUCACAUCGGACAUAUUCUCAACUGAGGAGGGGUGGGAGCAGGAGGCGGGAGAGAACUUUGCUUUGAAAUCCUCCUGCUCCACUUCUGGAUUACUGUAUAGAAAACUGUAAACACCCCACACACCCACAACGUCCCUCUUCCUUUCCCCCACCCACACCCCCAAGAUGCCGCGAUCUUUUCUAGUCAAGAAACAUUUUAGCACCAGCAAAAAACCAAAUUAUGGCGAACUGGACACGCAAACAGUCAUCAUUUCUCCGUUCCUGUAUGAGAGUUACCCAAUGCCAGUUAUUCCUCAGCCGGAGAUCCUCAGUUCUGGGGCUUACAAUCCAGUCAGUGUGUGGAGUGUUUGCUCUGGGCUCAUCCCUUCUCCUGUCCCCAGUGACCCUGCACCUGCCUCGGAAUACUCAUCCGCUCACUCCUCGCCCCUCAGCAGUGGGAGCCUAUGUCCAGCGGGGCACCUCAGCCCUCAGCAGUCCAACUCCGAUCGGUUGCACAGGGAUCCAAAUAGCUCGGAAAGUUCGAUCAGUGACGAAGAAGAGAGGAUUCUUCCCAAAGUCUCGGAUGAACACGGCGUGGACGCCGAGAAGUUUCAGUGUAACUUGUGCAGCAAGGCAUACUCCACUUUCUCAGGACUGGCCAAACACAAGCAGCUACAUUGCGACGCUCAAACUCGCAAAUCCUUCAGCUGUAAAUACUGUGAAAAGGAGUAUGUCAGCUUGGGAGCAUUGAAGAUGCACAUCCGGACCCAUACGCUGCCCUGUGUGUGUAAAAUCUGUGGCAAGGCAUUCUCCAGACCAUGGCUGCUGCAGGGGCAUAUCAGAACACACACAGGUGAAAAACCAUUUUCUUGUCCUCAUUGCAGCAGAGCAUUUGCUGAUCGAUCGAACCUGAGGGCUCAUCUACAAACUCAUUCAGAUGUGAAAAAAUAUCAGUGCAAAAAUUGUGCCAAAACCUUCUCCAGAAUGUCUCUUCUUCACAAACACGAAGAAUCAGGAUGUUGUGUAGCACACUGAGAAACAUGGAGUAAUAUUAAGGAGGAAAUGAUGAUUCUGUUUUCACACUCACUACCCAGUAUUUAAACAGCUCUGUUCAAUUGAGAUUUUAAUCUUUUCAGAUUGUUGAAGCAAUUUUUUUUCUAAUUUACCAUUUGGUAAAUGUUUUGAAAAGCAAAGACUUUGAUUACAAACGUUCAAACUAUGUACAGCAUCAUGGAAUACAAACGCAGUGUAAAAUCCACUUUGUGCCUUCUGUCAAUGGGGCUGCACAUCAUGAUCUUUAUAAUGUAAAUUCUCUAUUUUUGUAUUUGGAUGCAUUAAGUAUGAAAGUGAACUAAAUGCAGUAGUGCACCAAGACACUUAAAUAUGUGCAAGUUAAAAGCAAAUUUGUAACAACCUGCACUUUGAUAUGUUUGGCUAUGUAUUUUCCCAUCCACUUUUUUAUAAACGUGAUUUUGAUUUUUUUUAUAAUAAAACUUUUAAAAUGUA